CAAAUAAAACGUUGGCCUAAAGAAUACACUUACACUUACGGUGAGCAAAGUCUAAGAAACAACACAUUUACAGCACACAGAACAUUCUUUUUCCUCGGUCAAGUGCUAACAUGCAACCACCAUGUGCAACAUGAUAAAGUAUCGACAUGGAAACGAGACAUCGAUAUUUUUAUCGAUUCUUUAAUAGGCCCUCAACUGUUGUUUGGUUGCCAUAGAAACAAUGGCAGCCGCUGCGUCGAAUGUUAUUGAAAGCAGGAAGUACGGCAAUGCAGUUAUGUAUGGCAGGGUUGGGGUGCUGGACAGGAUGCGGGUUACCUACUGCACAGAUCUGGACAAGUCGGUGCUUAUCUCAAACUUUGAGAAGCGGGGCUGGUCACAGGUUGGCCCUGAAAAUGACUGGAACUUAUAUUGGGCUGGGACCCAUACGUGUCGCACACUUUUUAGUGUUGACAGUGGCUAUAGAAUGACAGACAACCAGAUCAUCAAUCAUUUCCCAAACCACUAUGAGCUGUCACGCAAGGAUCUGCUUGUUAAGAACAUCAAACGCUAUCGCAAAGAUCUAGAGCGUGAGAAGGACCCGCUCGCAGAGCGGGGGGAAAUUCCAAGUCGUUACCUACAUCUUGACUUCAUCCCAGUCACCUUCGUGUUACCUGCAGACUAUAACAUGUUUGUGGAGGAGUACCGGAAGAAUCCGCAGAGCACAUGGAUCAUGAAGCCGUGCGGCAAGUCACAGGGGGCUGGCAUCUUCCUUAUUAACAAGCUCUCCAAGCUCAAGCGCUGGUCUCGUGAAAGCAAAACACCAUUCCACCCUGACUAUGGUAAAUAUCAAGAUACUGAAAUGUGUUACAGAUACAUUGACAACCCACUGCUGAUUGGAGGUAAGAAGUUUGACCUGCGACUCUAUGUACUAGUGACGUCAUUCCGACCCCUGAAAUGUUACCUGUUCAAGCUGGGGUUCUGUCGCUUCUGCACUGUCAAGUAUGAUACAAGCAUACAGGAACUGGACAACAUGUACAUCCACCUCACGAAUGUGUCAAUCCAGAAGCAUGGGGGUGAGUAUAACUGUAUGCAUGGCGGUAAGCUGAGUGUUCAGAACCUACGGCUAUAUCUGGAGAGUACGCAGGGCAAGGACGUCACCGAGCGCCUAUUCAGUGCUAUCUCCUGGCUUAUCGUACACUCGCUCAAGGCUGUCUCUCCUGUUAUGGACAAUGAUCGGCAUUGUUUUGAAUGUUAUGGCUAUGACAUCAUUAUAGACAACAAACUGAAGCCAUGGCUAGUCGAGGUUAAUGCUUCUCCUUCCUUGACAUCUACCACUGUAAAUGACCGUAUUCUGAAGUACAAGCUGAUUGACAACAUCUUGUCAGUAGUACUGGCACCUGAUGGCAUCCCAGAUGUACGCUGGAAUAAGGUUCCGUCGCCUGAGGCUCUUGGAAACUUUGAACUUCUGCUAGAUGAAGAACUUGCAUUCCAGGAGGAGCACCCGGCGAAUCAAAGUCGGAGUCGAUCUGAUUUGCGCGGACCAUUGUUUCGCUGGAAGUAGGCUGUAUGAGGCAGGUCAGCAGCAUUAGAUGGUUUAUCUAAUGGUGAAGUGUUUUCUUUGAGGUAUGUAGUGAAUGUUUAAAUAUCUGGAUCAUUUUGGCUUAAAAGGGUUAACACCUGGUUUUACAUUGUACUGUCUCUAGCAUAAAUAUGCUGUUACAUUGUGCUUAAUAAGAAUGGGCAAGAAUUUUAACUAAUUGUAAAUUAUGUUGGCCACUUGUGUAUGAACCCAUUGGCUUACAUAGACAAGGGGAAAAAGAAAAUGCUUAUACUGGCUUUGAUUCCUUGAUUGAUACAAGGAAGUGAUAACAGAUGGCAUGCUGAGCUUUAUUCUGUAGAAACAGGUUUUACUGAGUGAGAAUGCCAACAGAUUUGUUUCUGCUUUAGCCUUCUACAGAAUAAUAGUAAUGCUGAAAGUUGUGCAAACAGUGAUUCUGGUAAAUAAUACAGAAAAUGGACAACAGAUUUAUGUAAUAAAUAUUACUAUAAGUAAAUAUUAUACUGGUUGUUA